AGGGAGGAGGGACCGAGGGAGCGCGGAUCCCGGUUCUCCCGGUCGCAAACUUCGAGCCACAGCUUUCCGCGCGCGCCCGAGCCUCUGGCCGCCCGCGCAGCCCGACGCCGAACCGGGGCGCAGCGGGAGCCCGUGCAGGGCGGGCGCGGGGCGGAGGCGGCGGCCGUCCAUGCGGCGGGCUCGGGGCUGCCCGGCGCCGGGAAGCACGCGGGGGCGAGGCGAGGCGGCCGCCGGCCGCUCCGGGACGCGGACCGCCAGGAGUUGAACAUCACUCCCAUCUGCGGAAAACUGGUAACAUCUCAGAGGAGCCCUUGCUUCUUCCGGGACGCCCAGCAUCAUGGUUUCUUAUUUCAUGCGGUCUCUCAGUGUCCUGGGUUCCCUCCUGCUGCUUGGAUUCCAGCUGGUCUGCCCACAGCCCUCCACUGAACACAGAAAGGUCCCGCAGCGGAUGGCGGCGGCCCAGGGCGCCCCCGAAGACGGCGGCGGCGGCGGCGCCCAGGGCGUGUGGGGCGCCUGGGGGCCCUGGUCCGCCUGCUCGCGCAGCUGCAGCGGCGGCGUGAUGGAGCAGACGCGGCCCUGCCUGCCCGGCUCGUCCCGCGCGCGCGGGGCCCUGCGGCCCGGGGCGCCCCCGCGCGCCUUCGCGGGCCACGUGGUGUCGGCCGUGCGCACGUCGGUGCCGCUGCACCGCAGCCGCGACCGCGGGGAGCCGCGCGCCCCCGCCGGCCCCGACGCCAGCCGCCAGGGCCCGGGGCCGAGGGGCAGCCGGCACCCGCAGGCGCGGGACCGCGACCCCACGGCGGAAAGAAGGAGCAGGACCCGCGGUCCCAUCGGCCCUGGCAAGUACGGCUAUGGCAAGGCCCCGUACAUCUUACCACUGCAGACGGACUCUGAACACUCGCCGCAGAGGCUUCGGAGGCAGAGGCCCUCGGCCCGGCAUUCCAGGUCCCAGGGGGCAUCUGGUCCUAGCCACGGCUACGGCCCGUCAGCCCACCGGGCUCCCCAGCACGGGCCUCUGUACCAGAGUGACAGUGGCCCUCGCUCUGGACUGCAGACCUCCGAGGCCUCCCUCUACCAGAUGCCUUUGACCCACGACGGAGGCUUUCCGGCAGCUUCGAGUCUCUUCCAUGGCCCGGAAAUAAGCAGCGGCCGCGGCAUGGGGGCCCACGGGGCAGCUCAGAGCUUCUCACAGCCUGCCCGGUCCACAGCCAUUUCCUGCAUUGGGGCCUAUCGGCAGUACAAGCUAUGCAACACUAACGUGUGUCCAGAAAGCGGUAGAAGUAUCCGGGAGGUUCAGUGUGCAUCCUACAACAACAAGCCAUUCAUGGGCCGGUUUUAUGAGUGGGAACCGUUUGCAGAAGUAAAGGGCAAUCGGAAGUGUGAGUUGAACUGCCAGGCGAUGGGCUACCGCUUCUAUGUCCGGCAAGCCGAGAAGGUCAUUGACGGUACCCCCUGUGACCAGAAUGGCACGGCCAUCUGCGUGUCUGGGCAGUGCAAGAGCAUUGGCUGUGACGACUACUUAGGCUCCGACAAAGUUGUGGACAAAUGCGGGGUGUGUGGAGGCGAUAACACAGGCUGUCAGGUUGUGUCAGGCGUGUUCAAGCAUGCCCUCACGAGCCUGGGCUACCACCGAGUUGUCGAGAUUCCCCAAGGAGCCACCAAAAUCAACAUCACCGAGAUGUACAAGAGCAACAACUAUUUGGCUUUGCGAAGUCGUUCUGGCCGCUCCAUCAUCAACGGGAACUGGGCAAUUGACCGGCCAGGAAAAUACGAAGGCGGAGGGACCAUGUUCACCUACAAGCGUCCAAAUGAGAUUUCGAGCACCGCUGGAGAAUCCUUUUUGGCCGAAGGCCCCACUAAUGAGAUCUUGGAUGUCUAUAUGAUACACCAGCAGCCUAAUCCGGGAGUCCACUAUGAGUACGUCAUCAUGGGGACCAAUGCCAUCAGCCCCCAGGUGCCUCCUCACAGGAGACCAGGGGAGCCCUUCAACGGCCAGCUGGUAACGGAUGGGAGGAGCCAGGAGGAGCGAGAAGAGAAAGAGAGGACCGAGGAGAAGGAAGGAGAGGGUGGGGCGCCUGAAGUAUUCACCUCAGGAUCAGCGCAGGCCUUCCCAGUCAGGCAUCCAGAUGGAUUUUCUCCCCAUCGACCGGACGAUUUGGUGCCGGCGGCACCGCAGUCCCCACGGCGAAGCCGGGACCACAACUGGAAGCAGCUCGGGACCACAGAAUGCUCAACGAGUUGUGGGAAAGGAUCGCAGUUCCCGAUUUUUCGCUGUGUACACAGAAACACCCACGAAGAGGUUCCCGAGAGCUACUGUGACUCCAGCAUGAAGCCGACCCCCGAGGAGGAACCCUGCAACAUCUUCCCUUGCCCAGCCUUCUGGGACAUCGGAGAGUGGUCUGAGUGCAGCAAGACCUGCGGCCUGGGCAUGCAGCAUCGCCAGGUUCUGUGCCGCCAGGUGUAUGCCAACCGCAGCCUGACGGUGCAGCCCUACCGCUGCCAGCACCUGGAGAAGCCCGAGACCACCAGCACCUGCCAGCUCAAGAUCUGCAGCGAGUGGCAGAUCCGGACAGACUGGACCUCGUGCUCAGUGCCCUGUGGGGUGGGACAGAGGACUCGAGACGUGAAGUGUGUGAGCAACAUCGGGGACGUGGUUGAUGAUGAGGAGUGCAACAUGAAGCUGCGGCCCAACGACAUUGAGAAUUGCGACAUGGGGCCCUGCGCGAAGAGCUGGUUCCUCACCGAGUGGGGUGAAAGGUGCUCAGCGGAGUGUGGGGUUGGAGUGCGGACACGCUCAGUGGUGUGCAUGACCAACCACGUCAGCAGCCUGCCCCUGGAGGGCUGUGGGAACAACCGGCCAGCGGAGGCUACCCCGUGUGACAAUGGGCCCUGCACGGGCAAGGUGGAGUGGUUUGCGGGGAGCUGGAGCCAGUGUUCCAUCGAGUGUGGGAGCGGGACCCAACAGAGGGAGGUGAUUUGUGUUAGGAAGAACGUAGACGCCUUUGAAGUGUUGGACCCAUAUGAAUGUUCCUUCCUGGAAAGACCCCCCAGCCAGCAGUCAUGCCACCUCAAGCCUUGUGGGGCCAAAUGGUUUAGCACAGAAUGGAGCAUGUGCUCCAAGAGCUGCCAGGGUGGCUUCCGGGUCCGGGAAGUGCGCUGCCUGUCAGAUGACAUGACCCUAAGCAAUCUCUGUGACCCUCAGUUGAAACCAGAAGAGAAAGAAUCUUGUAACCCUCAGGACUGUGUCCCUGAAGUUGAUGAAAACUGCAAGGACAGGUACUACAACUGCAACGUGGUGGUCCAGGCGCGACUGUGUGUCUACAACUACUACAAGACGGCCUGCUGUGCCUCCUGCGCGCGUGUGGCCAACAGGCACCCGGGCUUCCUGGGCAGCAGAUAACACGCCCGCCCCGCGGCAGUCGGGCGGUCGGGGAGUCUGUAGGCGGUGGGACUGGCUGGCCGCUGCUCCGCCAGAGGCCUCCAGGCCGCCAGCCAGCGUAGUCCCCACCCCACCUUCGGCAAAGCGGACACGUCGUGCCCAGGAGCCAAGCCACGGUUGUCCUUUAGCAUCACCAUAAACUGAUGAUCCCUCCUGGGGAAACCUGGCACUGGUAAGGUGCCAUCUGAAAACCACGCAGUGGGGGGCGGGGUGCACGUAGCUCUCAGUCAACUCCCGUGCCAGCACUUUCUAAGUCACUGGAGGGGCGCUGCCUCGUCCAUGGUGCUAUUGCCCUUUUCAAUAUCGGGGCCCCUUGGAGAGUCAGAAGAGGCAGCUCCCACCCCGGAGCCCCACCAAGCCUUGCUGAGACGCCUGCUUCCCACUGUUACCUCAGCCUGGCUGUGCCUAUUUUUAUUCUCAAAGACAUUAGGCUUUUUCCUGCCUUAUGACACAAAUAUCUCAUGUCAAUAUAGUGCUUUAUUGUUUCACAGGUGUAUUCACAGGUACUAGAUCAUUAGCGGCCCAUGAAGCCCCAGAAUGGAAGCCAGGGAAUGAAUCAUUAUCCCCAUUUUACUGACAAGGAAACUGAGGCUCAAUUUGUGUAAUUGACCUGCCAGGUACAUUCACCCGUUCGGUGGCAGAGUUGAGUCCGACCCCUGUCAUCUGACCAUAAAACUCACCCCAAGGCCUGCCCAGAAGCCUUAGGUCUACAGGACAUGGCUUCAUUUCAGACCAAGUGACUGAGAAAUUUCCCCGCUCAGCAAACAAAACCCAGUUUCUGAAUUCUUUCCUCUGGCCAAAGGUCAAGACUGUAUCCACUGCACUCUGUUGUUUCCAAAGUCCGUUUCUGUUUGUCCCUUCCCUGACAAAGUCACAGAUGCUCAUUACAGGACCCUGCGCAGGUUUUGUUAAACCCCGUCCUUAACGGAAUUGUCCAUGAGACAAGAAAGUCAAUGGGUUAGCAAGGCGAUGCCUGAAAUUCUGAGUGCAUUCCCCAGUGAUAUGUGCCCUCCCCCCCCACCCCCAGGGAACUGCACACCAGGGUCCCUUUGGCCACAGAGCCCUUGUUUCAUAUCUCUGGGCUCUGGGCUUUCCCUCCUUUCGCAGUCACUUCUGGGAUGUUCACCACACAUCACCCAGUGGAGAGUCUAACCAACGUGUCUCAGCAUAAAACCUGUGUUUAUAUUAGAAAGAGUCUUCCUUUGGUUUUUCCAGUUUGAUUUAUGGGUUUCUGUUUUGACUUCCCAUCCCUCCCUCCCACUGUGACUCACAACCUGUACGCACCAUCCCGGACUUGAGCACUAAGAUCUGCAUUCAUACAGCAGCCAGGGAGAGUGUCCUUCAGUGGGCUCCUUCAGUGACGGCCGCAGCGGCAGGAUCCUCCCCGAUGCCCCUCACCUGACUCUGCAGUUCUAGAGGCCUCGGGCUGCAAGGGGGAUGCAGUGCAUAGGGAAAGGUAAACCACCUGAAAAGCCAAUUAAAAGGAAUACAUAUAUAUACAUAUAUAUGUAUGGUUGACCCUUGAACAGUUAGGGGGCUUAGGCUGCCAGCCACCCUCUGUGCAGUCAAAAAUCCUUGUGUAGCCUUUGACUCCCCAAAAACUCAACUACUAACAGCCUGUCAUUGACUGGAAGCCUUACCCAUGACGCAAUCAACGCAUAUUUUUACGUGUAUUAUGUAUUAUGUACUAUAUUCUUACAAUAAGGUAAGCUAGAGAAAAGAAAAUGUCAUUUAGAAGAAUCACAAGAGCAGCACCUGGGAGGCUCAGUGGGUUAAGAUUCCAACUUCAGCUCAGGUUGUGAUCUCACAGCUCAUGGGUUCAAGCCCCCCAUCGGGCUCUGUGCUGACAGCUCAGAGCCUGCAGCCUGCUUCGGGUUCUGUGUCUCCCUCUCUCUGCCCCUCCCCUACUCGUUCUCUCUCUCUCUCUCUCUCUGUCUCUCUCUCUCUUUCUCUCUCUGUCUCUGUCUCUCUCAAAAUUAAACCCUAAAAAAUGUUUAAAGAGAGAAAAGAAAAAUCACAAGAAAGAAAAAAUGCAUUUACGAUACUGUACGGUAUUUAUCGGAAAGAAAAAUCUCUGUAUAAGCGGACCCAUGCAAUUCAAACCCAUGUUGUUCAAGGGUUUUAUAUUCUUUCACCAAUUAAGAAAAACUUCAGGCUUAAACAAACCGUAAUCUUAUGGAAAAUCUGUCUUAUUUAGUACCGUGGUCCUGGGCUUAUUUCCCUUUCAAAACAAACCUGGAUUCUCAGUCACUGAGUUUCUCCCAUGAGCCCUUUAACCCAAAAAUCUGCUAAUUUGACGGUCACUUAAAGCUUUUGGAAACAGUAUGGCCAGCCCACUCUGACACACUGUGUUCAGUUGCCACUACCCCUGGGCUUUCAGAAAUUCUGUGUGACCUUUCGUUGGGUCUUAUUCUCUUCUUGGAGAGCCCAGCCGCCAUUUUGCAAAAGCACACCCAUCUCUCUUCAUCUCCACACAGUGUAACUCGUGCAAUGAGCUGCCGGGCAGAGACCCCGGUUCCCCUGCCCACCAAGCAGAGCCAGGACCAGAGAAGCCAAGCAUUCGGGUGGUUUCUGUCCAGAGCCCUCUCUCUCCCUGUCACCACCUACUUUUGCAUUUUGUCACAAGAGAAGUGUUGCCUUCAUGCAGCUGCUCUCAGACCUUGCGGAACAAGCCCCCGAUUGGAAGGGUCCCUUGGAGGAAGCUUUCUUUACAUGCUGGAGGGUGGAGGGCAAGAUCAGUGGGUCAAAGAGCAGAAAGGCUGAUUUCACUCAAAUUGAGGGGAAACCUUGGAGCCAUCCAGGCUGCCCCGCAGAGGUCUGGACCACCCUCCAUGGGCGACGUUCCGUCCUAACGGGGAUUUCUUCAUCAAGCAAGUCACCACCCCAGGGUGGUCCAACUCCAGAUUCUCAUGACUGGCUGCGUCAAUGCUGGCUUUGUUUCUUUGACAUCUCUUUGGUGUCCUGGGGCCCCCAAACGUUACGUAACAGCUGUGCUAGAGACGUGAUCUUCCUGUGAGAAUGACCAUCCUGCCUCUGGCGGAAUUGAGUAGGAGCAAAUGGGUCAGUUCUUUGUCUUCAGGGAGAAAACGUACCUAAACUAAGCAUCUUUUUUUCGUUUCCAACAAAUAGUUGAGCUGUUCUUAGAAUUCAUUUAUCUCUGGAAAGGUUAUAAGUUACUAGAACAGGGGGUUUAGCGGCUUAUUUGUCUUUGAAAUCCAGUUUUCGCUCAUUUCCUGGUUUAUCGUAUCAACACCUGAACGCCUUUGUCCUUGGCACAACACAUAUGAUAAGGUCCCUCAGUGUUUCCAGCGAUAAAGUUCCUGGAGGGGGUCAGAGGAAAGCUCACCUUUUGAUGACUGUCCCCGCAGAUAGGUCUCUUUCUCCCUUUCCUGGCACUCCCUUAUUUCACCCUUCUUCUCCCAUUAUCUGCCGGCUCCUUCUCCGCCCACUCAUGUUCCCUCAACCGGGGACGUGCAGAAUUGAAAGUUCCAUUUUAAUUCUGCUUUUCUUCUUCCUGUGUACUGAAUCGCCUGGUUCCCUGCCCUGACUUUUAAAAUUAGACGAAUCGAAGAUGUUCUAUGUUUUUCUCACAAAAGCCAGCAAUCUCCAAACAGAAGGAGUUUGCUAUUUUGCUUCACUCAUUAGAAAAGGAAAGUGUUUUCCUUGCAGUCCAGGCAAAGGACAUUCAAUGCACUCCAGUCUCCCACCUUCACGCUCAGAUUCCCCUGCCCCGGAAUAGCAUGAGAGACACUAAAGAAAGCUUGUCAACCUGGCCACUAGGUGGAGACAGGAGUCAGCUGAGCACUUUACAGGUGCGUCUGGGCCACUGCCCUCAAGCUAGUAAGGAAACCAAGAGGAGUGAGGCUUGUCCCCACCCUCGAGGAGCGACACUGCUGGCAGGAGCUCUCAGAACUGUCCCCAUCUGUCCCUUUUCCCCUUGCCUCUCUGCGCAGGGCUCUUGGAAUGUUGUGACUGCUUCAUUUCCUUGAGUACAUGUCAUCUGCUUAUCCUCAAAGUCUUUAGCAUUUGACACUUGCCUUUAAAAAGAAUGGCCUUGGGGCACCUGGGUGGUUCAGUUGGUUAAGCGUCCAACUUCUGCUUAGGUCAUGAUCUAGCGGUUGGUGGGUUCGAGCCCCGCAUCCGGCUCUGUGCUGACAGCUCAGAACCUGGAGCCUGCUUCUGAUUCUGUGUCUCCCUCUCUCUCUGCCUCUCCCCUGCUCACACUCUGUCCUCUCUUUCGAUGUUUAAAUAAACAUUAAAAAAAAAAAACUUUUUUAAAGAAUGGCCUUACCAAGGAGGUGAACAAUGGGUGGGAGAUACUAAGUUUAGUCUCAUCAAGUUGUGUGACAGAGAGAGAAAUCCGGAUAGGACUAGUACCUUUCUAAACCAGUGGCUCUCCUUUUUUUUUUUUUUUUUUUUUUUUAAUACAGCCAUUUUAGAAUUUGAAUAUUGGUUUUCUAGUGUAGAAGGUAUAAAUAUAAGCGAUAAAAAGACAGAUGUCUUUCCUUAAAACAGAUUGAAUAAUCAAACCUGAAGGAACCUGUAUCAGUCUGGCAGGUGGAAGCCAACAUCUGACCCUUGCCAUAUCUUUAUGUGGCUUUGAUGGAAGUUGGACACCUUACUGAUGAAAUUGGUAGAUGACAUGAAAUUGGUGACAGGGACAGGCUCAGGAUCCAAAGAGAUCUGGGAGACUAGAACAAAACCCAGAUCUUAGGAAUUCACGAGGAAGCAGCGUAAGUCAACCUUUGGAUUAAAAAAAACAACAACAAAACUAGACUGGGGCGUCUGGGUGGCUCGGUCAGCUCUUGAUUUCGGCUCAGGUUCCGGUCUCUUGGUUCCUGAGUUAGAUCCCCAUGUUAGGCUCGGAUUUUCUCUCUCUCUCUCCCUUUCUCUCCCUCUUUCUGAAAAUAAAUGAGUAAACUUUAAAAAACCCAAAACUAAACAAAUACAAGGUGGAGGAGACGUGAGAAUUCCAGUUGACUAAGCUCAGUGAGUCAAGAAAGGGGUGGAGGCUCCCCUCCAGCACCCCACCCCCCACCCCCACACACGCACAAACCCGACAUGAGACACUCAGGCUACAUGAGGAGAAAACAUUGGUGACAGUCUGCCACAUUGCGUUGUGAUUGCUGCAACCACACGUGGAGAGUAUUGGUAGUGUGUAACACUCAGAUGAGCACGCCCAAUCCUGAGGAGGGGUGCACACAGUUAGGACCGGUGGAGAGGACGUCAUGAGAACGUGUAGCCUGGAGAAAAGACAUGGGGCAGUGUUACAAGGACAGUGACCCUAAGACCAGGAAGUAAAAGCAGACUUGAGCUCCUGGAGAAGAACCAAGGCGAGAGCUCCCUGAAGGUAGAGGGCUCUUCCGUUACUGGGAAAUCUCAGUGGAGGUUGAAUGGCCAUUUGUCAGGGACGCUGGAGAGGGGAUUCAGGCGCUCAGCUCGGGCAAUAUGAUGUCUACGGUCCCUUCUGAGUCUAGGCUUUGGUGACUCUGUCAGUAGAGCAGCUUUGAGCGAUUCACCUGGUCUGGGAUGGCAAGUACAUGCACGUGGACUUCCCAUUUCUGGGUCCCCCAUUUUGAACCCAGUGGUACAUCCUCACCUGAGCUGAAUGUGGCCUCCUAUCUCAGAACCACUAGCAACUUGGCCAAAGCUGCCCUGUCAAGUCCUGCUUUGUAGACGAGUAACCGAACAUUCCGAUGGCUAGUUCUCUGCCCAGGGAGGGUCACACACCUUGUUGGGGAAGUAUCUUGACUAGACUAGGACCCUCCAAAUACCUGCUCUCUUUCUCAACUCGCCUCGCUUUACUGCACCUUUACUGGAGCAAAGUAAUUCUCUCCACCCCGAACCACCCCACACUCCUGGUUCUGUUCAGUGGGUAACAGUUGGAGAAUCGACGUGGCCACGAGAGGGUGGGAACUCGCAGCCAACUUUCUCAGCAUCUCCCAGAGGGUGAGCCCCUUGCCUCAGUGAGAGGAAAGCCAUUCUGUUACAUAAGCGAACUUCCACGUCCUUGACCCCUGGUUCAGUUUGACAGAAGGAUAUACUUUGUUAUAACUUAUUAUUUUGUUCUUUGUAAAUACAAGAUGUUUAUAGGAAAUGUGUAUUCUGAACUGUAUGGGCAGAAUGAGUCACUACACCAAAAUAGUUCUAUUAUUUAGAAUAUGUUAAUUUUAAAGGGACCUAAUAGGUAUUUAUUUACAUAUGCAAUCCACAUUUGUGUAAAAUCAUUUGAUCCUACUAACCCAGCUUCCUGCAAAGUUGCUACAUGAUGCCUUAUUCUAAGUUCAUAGUUACGAUGUAGUAUCCUGACUAGCCAAAUUCUUUGGGUUUUAAGAUCGAAUAUAAAUUACUCUGCUUUUUGACUCGUUCAGGGAGGGACUUUUACCCCUGGCAUUGUACCUGACACAAGCCUGUCUGCAUCGCCACCUUUCCAUCUUAAAUAUUAUGUUUGCUCAUAUAAUCUGCCCUCUCCUCGUCCCAACUGGAGAAGGAAUCAGGAGGGUUUUCUUCGUCCCUUCUCUUCGUCUUGCCUCCUUCGUAGGCUCGCCAACACUGACUUGCGCGGGAGGCUUGGUCAGAGCAGUGGGUGAGGCAGGGUCCGCUGGCAGGGGCUGGGAGGGGCUUAAAGAGGUGUGGCUCCUUCACAGCUCUGACCACACCUCCAGGGUGGCCGCUGGGACUGCUGGGGUAGGGGCACUGGGCUGUCCCGCCACCUGCUUAGCCAGGAGCAAGGAACCUACCUACUAAAUAUAAAUACUCCACUGUCAUCAUGUCGGCCUUACAAGUGUUAAAUUAUUGUUUAAGGAGGUGAGGGGGAGAUGGUGAAUUAUGUGAGCAAAUGCAGUCUGUUUUCGGCAAAAAUGACAACUAUUUUUGUGUAUGACUAAUUUAUUUUUAUUAUUGUAAAGAUGCAAUAAACUGGUUAAAAGAUGA